GCGGUCACGCGCAGAUACGCGGGGGCGCGCAGCAGCGGAGCUCGAGCAGCGCGAUCACUCAGCAGCAGGAUUAUCAGGAAUCAUGAGCGUGGGAAAACUGGUGAUGUGUGUGUUAGCGCUGGCUGUGUGUGAGGCGUAUGUGUUUCAGGCCGGUCAGUCAACAGGUGAGGUGGACGACACUCCUCCACAGAUCAGAGAUUUCUCUGGCUCCUGUAAGGGCCGUUGUUUCGAGCUGAAGGAGGCGGAGCCACCCAGCUGCAGGUGUGAUAAUCUGUGCAAGACGUACCUGAGCUGCUGCUCCGACUUCGACGAGCAGUGCCUCAAGACAGCGGGAGGGUUCGAGUGUUCACGGGAGCGCUGUGGUGAGAUCAGGAACGAGGAUUACGCCUGUCACUGUUCAGACGACUGUCUGCAGAGAGGAGACUGCUGUACCAACUACAGACCACUGUGCAAGGGCGACAGCUCCUGGCUGGAGGGUGACUGUGAGGAGAUUCAGAGUCCAGAAUGCCCUGCAGGGUUUGUCCGUCCUCCUCUCAUCAUCCUGUCUCUGGACGGCUUCCGCUCCUCUUACAUGAAGAAAGGGAAGAGCGUCUUACCCAACCUCCACAAACUGAGAUCGUGUGGAACCCACGCCCCUCAUAUGAGGCCCAUGUACCCGUCCAAAACCUUCCCCAACCUCUACACGCUGGCCACGGGUUUGUAUCCCGAGUCUCACGGGAUCGUGUGUAACUCCAUGUACGACCCCGUGUUCAAAGCUCAUUUCAGACUGAGAGGACGAGAGAAGCUCGAUCACCGCUGGUGGGGUGGGCAACCCAUUUGGAUCACAGCAGAGAAGCAGGGCGUGAAGGCUGGGACGUUCUUCUGGCCCUGGGUGAUUCCUCUGGAGCGAAGGAUCCUCACUAUCCUGCAGUGGCUGCACCUGCCUGAUGACGAGAGGCCGUAUGUCUACGCUGUUCACUCAGAGCAGCCGGAUACAUACGGACACAUCCUGGGUCCACUGAGCAAUGAGCUGGAUAACACUCUCAGGAAGAUCGAUAACAUCAUCGGUCAUCUGAUGAACGGCCUGAAACAGAUGAACCUCCAUCGCUGUGUGAACGUCAUCCUGGUGGGCGAUCACGGGAUGGAGGAGUCUCACUGUGAACGAACAGAGUAUUUGAGCUCUUACGGACUGGAUGUUGACGCUAUCACACUGAUCCCAGGAUCCUCUGGAAGAAUCGGCCCCAAAAACGCCAACACAUCAUAUGAUCCAAAGGAGAUUGUUUCUAAUUUAACAUGUAAGAUGCCCAAUCAGCACUUCAAGCCAUACCUGAAGCAGCACCUGCCCAAACGCCUGCAUUACGCCAACAACAGUAGCAGAUCUCCGGCUACCUGCGGCUUCUUUGGAGAUCAUGGCUUUGACAACAAGAUCAGCAGCAUGCAGACGAUCUUUCUGGGAUUUGGACCGAGCUUCAAUUUCAAGACAGAAGUGCCUGUUUUUGAGAACAUUGAGCUGUAUAAUGUCAUGUGUGAUCUGCUGGGUUUGACUCCGGCUCCUAAUAACGGGACUCACGGCAGUCUAAACAGCGUCUUGAGGAGCCCCCACUACACCCCCACACAGCCAGAGGAAGUGACAUCACCCACGCCUUUAGCCCCGCCCUCUGAGGUGACCCAUGACCUGGGCUGUAACUGUGACGAUGAGAACAACAUUGAAGAAAGUUCCCAGAGAUUUCCUUCCGCUGCCGACGGACUGUUGAACAAUGUCACACACCUGCCGUUCGGCCGUCCAGCCGCUCUCUUCCAGACGUCUUACACACAGCUGUGUCACUCGGAUUACUGCAGCGGAUACAGUCACAUCAUCAACAUGCCACUGUGGAGCGCGUUCACACUUACAGCACAGGUGGAGGUUCCAGCCGUGUCGUCUAGCGAGUGUGUGAGAGCAGACCCUCGACUCGAUCACACACACACAUGUAACUCGUACAGCCAGGAGCCAGACGUCACACACGCUUUCCUCUACCCACCGGAUUUCUCCAUUACGGCUGAAUCAAGAUAUGAGGCUUCACUCAUCACAAACACCGUUCCCAUGUAUCCCGCUUUCAAGAGGGUGUGGAGUUUCCUGCAGAGGGAUGUCCUCAGGAGAUACAGUCAAGAGAAUAAUGGCAUAAAUGUGAUCAUGGGACCCAUAUUUGACCACGACCACGAUGGACUGAGAGACACAGAAGAGAAGAUCAAAGAGCACACACUGGGCUCCGUCUUCAUCCCCACUCACUUCUACAGCAUCAUCAGCAGCUGCGAGAAACUCAACGAGAUGCUGGAAGAGUGUGACGGAGAUCUGAGAGUCACCUGCUUCAUCCUGCCACACAGAGCAGACAACAGAGAGAGCUGCAACAGUUGGGAGGACGAGUCUCGCUGGGUGGAGGAUCUGCUGAAGUUACACACGGCUCGAGUGCGAGACGUGGAGCUGCUCACGGGGCUGGACUUCUACCGCUCCACCGCGCUGCCGUACACGCGUGUGCUGGCGCUCAAAACACGCAUGCGCACCUUUGAGGAUGACGUGUAACACUCACCGCACCCGACGCUUCCACUGUAUAGUUUUAUACACUGUGUCAUAUUUAUUAUUCACCUUCAAGCUAAUAAUGAAACCAUCUCACAGCUCACAACACACAACUGCAGUCCACUUCAGCUUCCAGCUUCACGUCUGUAAACAUGUUCACACCAUGAGACAAUUACCGCAAUUACCAGACUUCCACAGAGAAAUGCACUCGCAUCCUUGAAAAACUCGUAAACUGUUUUAUUUGUUUACACUUGUGCAACAUUCUACAUGA